UCCAUUGAAGAUAUAAAUUUGACAAUGUAUGCCACCAAUCUACAACCGAAACCAGCUAAAAACAUUGAAGAAGCUUUCCACAAGUCAUAUCAGUUUUGGUGUACGCAGCCUGUAUCUAAUAUUGAUGAAAAAGUUGUUUCUAAUGAUCCUAUCGUGGCACCCGAGCGGCUUAAUGUGGAACCUUCAGAUUUAGCAGAAGUCAGCUUACCUGAUGGCUUUAAGUGGGAUACCUUAAAUUUAAACGAGCCUUUGGUCUUGAAGGAGUUGUACACACUGCUAAAUGAGAAUUAUUUGGAAGAUGAGGACUGUAUGUUCCGCUUUAACUACCAAAUGGAUUUCCUCAAGUGGGUACUCCAUCCUCCUGGUUUUAAACGAGAUUUACUCUAUGGUAUGAGGGAGGUCAAAUCUGGAAAAUUAGUGGCCUUCAUUUCAUCUGUACCAGCCCGAUUAAGGAUUUAUGAUCAAGUGCAAACUGCUGUUGAAAUGAACUUUUUUUGCAUACACAAGAAACUGCGUUCUAAAAGGUUAGCCCCAGUUCUGAUGAAAGAGAUGUAUAGGAGAGUUAAAUUGAGUCAGAUAUAUCUAGCUGUUUACACGGCUGGUAUCGUGUUGCCUAAACCAAUUUGUACAUGCAACUAUUGGGUUAGAUCCCUCAACCCUAAAAAACUGAUUGCUGUUAAAUUUACUCAACUGCCAAUAAACAUGACUAUGAAAAAAGCUCUGACACUUGAUAAACUCCCAAAUUUGCCUAAGACGCCAGGUUUUCGGAAACUAGAGCCACAAGAUUGUGAAAAAGCAUUUCUUUUGUUAAAAAACUAUUUGAGUAAGUUUGAUUUGACUCCCAUCUUUAAUGAGGAUGACUUUAAACAUUGGUUUAUGCCACAGUCAGAUAUUAUUGACAGCUUUGUUGUGGAAGCAUCAGAUGGAUCUAUCACAGAAUUUGUAAGCUAUUACACACUGCCAUUUACUAUGGUAGCUCAACACCCAGUAUACGAUACAAUAAAAGCCGCUUACGCGUUUUACAAUGUGUCAACCAAAACCCCAUGGGUAGAUUUAAUGCAUGAUGCGUUGGUAACUGCAAAGAACUCAGGGUUUGAUAUAUUCUACGCAUUGGACCUGAUGGAUAAUAAGGAGUUCUUGGAACCACUGAAAUUUCACCUAGGUAAUGGUAAUUUGCAGUACUAUUUGUAUAACUGGCGGUGUCCUAGCAUAACACCAAAUAAAAUUGGUUUAGUUUUACAAUAA